AUGACUUAUCCUUCCGCCAAGCACAGUGUGUUUCUUGCCUUGCCCGGAGAGAUUCGUCGACAAAUUUAUGAGUUAUGCAUCCCAAUUAACUCUCGCAUCGUUAUAUGUCAAGAUUCCCGCUAUCAGGUCCUUCAAGAUGGUGAUGGAUUCCAACCCAAACAGGAGACUUAUGACACUGAAGACGACAAUGAUGAAAUUCCUGAAGAGUUUUCAUCAGACAUACCGAAGACUGAUGGCAGGGACUUUCCCGAGCCGCCAGUAUUGCAAGAUGUCAAAAAGUCUGCAAGUCGUCGAACUGCUUUGCCUGAAAUACUUCUCGUGUGUCGCCAGAUUACAGAUGAACUCAAGCCAGUACUCUACGGAAGCACCACGUUCACGGUUAUUAUCUCUGGAGGCGAAGAAAAAUAUCUGGAGAAGCUGUUCAGUCUCGAGACAAGGGAGCACUUCCGCAAGAUGAUUCUGAUCUUCCGCACAGAAGAUCUUUCUUCUGACGUGGACCUCUAUUUGAAUCCGAAAAUCUGGGACAGGAUCUUCAGCAAUCUCUUGAAACUUGGAAUUAUUAUCGAGCAGCCAGAACCUUGGGACGGCAACUGGGUCUUAGAUGAGUGGAAAGCGCGGCUGACAUCGACGUUGGGGUAUUUAAACCGAGCUAUUCCCGACAAGACCAAGAUCAUCGCAGAUGCAAAUGAGGAGGCAGAGGCAACUCAAAUUGUUGAGAGAAUGAUGCCGGAGCGUUGCGACUUCCAGAAGUUAUUAGACGGCGAUUUGGUACUGGAUAGGUAUUGGAACGGUAAUGAUGAUGAUUGGCCGACCAGCUGUAGGGAUUGUAUUGAUGAUGGUGACUAUGACUUUUAUUACUCGGACUAA